GGCCGGUUAGAAUGUUGUCUACCCGGCGCGUUCCAUGUGCUGGCGGGUGCUGAAGUUGGUGCAUCAUGGUUUGAGAGAGAGAUGGGGGCCAGGGUGACCCGCGCUUUCCGGAAUUUCAACCUGGAUAACCGUGCCGAGAGGGAGAUCAGCAAGGUGAAGCCGUCUGCUGCCCCCAUGCACCCCACCACCAAGACCCUGAUCCAGGAGGAACUCAACCGCCAUCCAGAAAUAGAGGAAAUAGUUAAAAGAAAAGAUGACAAGCUGCUCACAUUGUUAAAAGAAGUAUAUGUUGACUCCAAAGAUCCUGUUCCACAUGUGCGGGUGAAAGAUGUCAGUGUACCUCACUCGACGGAGCUCAGACUUCUAAAAGGCAAUCACUUUAACCUAAUGACUUCCCAGAACAUUCCCAAAGGCAAAAUUUCUGUGGUGGAGGUCCUCACACUACUUAACAAUCAUAAACGUUUUCCAGAAACAUGGACUGCAGAGAAAAUAGCCCAGGAGUAUUAUCUUGACCUGAGAGAUGUCAAAUCCCUUCUCACGUUUUUUAUUGCUUUUGAUGUAAAGAUCUUCCCUGCCAAUAACAGAAAGAAGGCUAUAUCAUCUAAGUGAAAGAAGCCAUCAGAAGCAUUUUCCACCAUACUCCCUACAUGUGCCCUUGUCCUAUUCUUCACCUCCUGAAUGCAUUAAAUUAUGUUGUCAUUUGGCUAAGUGA